AUGCACAAUCCCUGCGAGGACAACAAUACUGUCGAUACCAGUGUCGAGAGUGCAUGCUAUGGUAGAUAUGCCGGUGAUGAGGGCGUCCAGCGGAGCAGAACGUGUUGUUGUACCAGGACACCAUUAGGUUCCGCAGAGGACGAGCUUCCGCUCAUGGAGACAAUGUACAUGGUGCAUGAAGAUGAUGAUAUCUCACCAUGCUUGCUCCAAGAUGGACAUGUCGACCACAUGGAUCCUCCUACUUCCACAACACCUACUUCAAAUGAGUCGGCCUACAAAGGUAACAACAUAGGUGUUGAUGAUGCCAUGAUCCCACUAGUGGACAUGAUGAAUUUUGAGUGCAUGCAUGAUCUCGAUGAUCCAUUUGCUACUUCACAUGCUACUUUCACUUUUCCAUGUGAUGCUUUGCUUGAUAACAUUGUUGAUCAUGUGGAAUUGAUUGCUUGUGAUACCAUGACCAUGCCAUGCUACGAGAUUUUCACUUUUUCCCCGCAUGCUAACGAUAAUGAUCAUGCUUGUGUUGUGACACCCUUGAUGAACACUUGCUCUUUCAAUAGGGUUGUCGACAACAAUGAUAACAUUAGCUUCCGCAUGCUUUGCCCAAAAUGUUUACACCAUUCCAUGAUCCUUGCAUCCAAGAUUGUGAACAAUUGCUCUUUCUUAUGCUUGGUAUGCAAGAAUGCUUAUUUCGUUGUCCAUGAGAUGGCCCCCAUAGCCUUCUCAAUCUUUGAUGGUCAUGAGUUACCACAUGCCAUGAAUGCACCUUCUUGCCAUAUGCACCAUCGCCAUGCAUUUCAUACUAUCUUGAUUGACACUAAUGGUGAUGUGCACAAGACAUGGAACAUCAUGAUGGAUGAUGUUUUCCUCUACCAUGCACACACGCUUUUUGUUUUCUCUUUUGUGUGUAUACGUACCCGAAUGACAACUUCCACCGCUACGGAGCAUGAGCUCACGAAACGCGCAAUUUAGAGCUACCCCAACACGGACGAGAUACAUGAUCCAACCCAUGGGAUUCACGCCAAAGGGUAUGUUCCCAAACGCCUUCGCCCUCGUGUGUUUCCGGCUUGUCUUGUCGAGCUUCCGGUUUGGUCCAAUGCCUCGUCACCUCUUUUGCUUCUUUUGCAACAUAUCUUGACACAUCUUGUUGGCACAAUGGUUGUUGUAUGUCUUGAUGUUAUCAUCAUACACUCCGAGAAUCUCAAGGACCAUGUCAUACAUGUGAGAGACACCUUAUGCAUCUUGUGCCACAUGUCACUCAUAAAGUUGCUCUUCUUUGGAUUUCUCAUUUCAUCUUUGGCAAUUGAAAUGGAUUCUUUGACAAUUGAGGAUACCCAUACUUGGCUCACGCCAACCAUACUUUCCCAAGCUAGAAGUUUCCAUCUCUUUGCCAUUGCACAUAACAAUUUUGCCCAAAAUUUUGCCGCCGAUACUUGCCUUUUGAUUGUUCCAUUUGUGUGGGACAAUGCUACACAUCACAUUUUUGACACUUUACAAACCAAACUUUUACAAGCACAAACUUUUGCCCCACCAAAUUUUGGAUACAUCGACACUCUUUUGGAUCCCAUUUUUGCCAAACGCCUCUUGGAGAAACGACUUGAUGCUUCGUAUUUGCUUGAGAGCCUUGUGUCCGCCGAUCACAAAAUUUGUAUCCACAAGCUUUCCGUUCGCAAGUUGUUUUUCCCCAAGUUCUCCUUCGACCGCGACAUUCUCUCUCCAACACUUCAUGGGAGAACCGUCAUGGACGUCGACAAGCACGCCCUCAACAUGAAGAAACAACGCAACUCCAAGCUCAUUCAACAUGAAGAUGACCACUUCAAGGCCAUUAUGAACAUCAACAACAAAGCCUACGUCAUCGACAUACAUGGAGAUGCGGAAGAACAAGAGUCGAGGACGACUCUUCCCCAAGGGGGGGAGAUGAUGUAGCCCCGCCUAACGACGACGCUACACCAUGGCCACGGAAUCCCCCAAGUGGACCGACAACCCGAACCUACGCGAUACAUGACAAGGUGAACCCAUUCCUUUCGACACUCGACGUCGACAAUACAUUGGAUGGUAUACUACCUCAUGGAUAUGUGUUAUGUGUCAUUAGGUACGAGGGUCGACAAGGAAGGGAAGAGGAGCCACUCACUUGGUGCAAGGGAGAAGAACAGAAGAAGAAAGGAAGAGCAAAGGAGAAGAAAGAAGAGAAGAGGAGAAGAAGGGAAGAAGAGGAAAGGUGGCCGGAGCCUGCACCAAGGAGGGAGGCCGGAGCCUCCAGGCUGCCCAGGCCGGCCACCAUGCAGGGCCGGUACCUCUAGGCCGGAGCCUCCAGGCUCCGCAGGCCGGAGCCUCCAGGGCCUCCCUGGCCGGUACCUUCUCAUGGAGGUGGCCACGCGCGGGAAAGGGCUAGGCCCGGUACUACCGGCCACCUCUGGCCGGUACUACCGGCCGGCCACAGCGCCCCCCAGCCAGGCCACGUCGACCCCGCGGGAAGAGAAGGCAAGGCCGGUACCUCCGGCCAUGGUACCGGCCAAGGUACCGCUCGCGCGUCCGGGCACCCUGGACUCAAAUCGCCCAUUACUCCUAUUUUCCGGUACCUCGACCGGUACCUCCGCCCGUGGUACCGUUCGCACGCGUUUUAGCCCAAAUCUGAACCGUUGAUCAUAAUCGAGCGGCUGUAACUUAUUUAGCUCUUUCCCCAAACUACCCUUGGACGAAUCUGAACCUAUAUGUAUCUCUUUCCCCUCCCCAAAUUAGGGUUAGACAAGAUUUGGCUUAGAAUAGAUUUUGAGCUUUGUCUCCCUAGGGUUUCAUCCCCUUUGUAUCAAGGCUACCCUUGUUGGAUGUAUGGAUUUGUGAGUGUGAGAUUCUAGUGCUCCCACUCUCUCUCCCACUCCUAGAUUCAUCUCCCUCACCAAUCUCUCCGCUCGGAAUUCUACCGCGCGUCUCUUCCGGGUUGAUUCUAUUGGCGUGGUCCAUCGAGCCACGGGGUAAGUAAUCGAUUGUAUCGGGUCGGUGUGCGUGCAUGAGUUCCUCGUGUUCUUCGUGUUCAUCGUGUUCUUCGCGCUCUUCCUCCCUUCCUCCUUUGGAUUUCGGGUAAAUCGCGAGAUCGGGCCACAAACGGGGUCUUAGACCACAUCAGUCCGUGUGCUUUUAUUUUCGUUUUGUUAUUUUCAUUCUCUGAAUAAAUCGGAUCCUAGCAUGCUUGUGUGGGAGAGAGACACGCUCCGCUUUUUCAUUUGAACACUUGUGUUCUUCGUUCUACUUUAAUAUUCAUGGCGAAAGCUGAAAGCCUCAGCAUUUAUUUUUCAUGUUCAUGGCGAAAGCUUAAAGCCUCAGCACUUAUUGUUUAU